CUCUCCCUGGAAUUCUUCUCUGGGACACUUGGUGUCAGGAAACCAACUUCUCAAGAAGGAUUGCAAUCUGACAGAUGAUGCUGGUUUAAGGUCUGGAGAGAGAUUGGAGUGAGAGGAGCCACUGGGACCUCUGAUCCUUCACCUCACAGGCCAUGAAGAAAUUCCCACUCCUCUGGACCCUGUGGGUCCACAGACCCUCCUCUCGUUGGCUCCACCAGCACUCUAGGGUCUUGAUGCCCCAGAAACCUGCAGCCACAGAGAUUCUGCGAUGGGCAGAGCGGGAGUUGCCCGAGGAGUUUAACUUUGCAAGCGACGUCCUGGAUCAGUGGGCGCGUGUGGAGAAGGAGAGCAAGAGGCCUCGGCCGCCCGCUCUGUGGUGGGUGAACAACGAGGGUGAUGAGGUGAAGUGGAGCUUCGAGGAGCUGGGAAUCUUCUCCCGCCAGGCGGCCAACGUGCUCUCAGAGACCUGCGGCCUUCAGAGGGGGGACCGGGUGGCCGUGAUCCUGCCUCGGGUCCCACAGUGGUGGUUGUUGUACGUGGGCUGCAUGCGAGCAGGACUCGUCUUCAUACCAGGGUCCACCCAGCUGACCAGGAAGGACAUUCAAUACAGACUGCAGGUGUCCAAGGCCAAGGGCAUUGUCACCAGCGAUGCCGUGGCCCCCAAGGUCGACUCGAUUGAGUCAAGCUGUCCCACUCUGAAGACCAAACUCCUGGUGUCUGACACGGGCCGGACCGGGUGGCUGAACUUCAAUGAGCUGCUUAAAACAGCCCCUACAGAGCACAAGUGUGUCAAGUCCAAGACUGAAGAUCCUCUGGCCAUCUACUUUACCAGUGGGUCCACGGGCUCUCCAAAGAUGGUGCCACACUCCCAAGGAAGCCUGGGUUUCCAGACUGUUAAAUAUGGCAGGUCCUGGAUGUGCUUGACCGAUGCUGACAUCUCUUGGUCCACAUCGGACACGAGCUGGAUCGCGGCUGCCAUCUUCACUCUCUUUGGCUCCUGGAGCUUUGGUGCCGGGGUGUUUGUGCACAGGUUGGAGAGGUUUGAACCAGCAACCAUCUUAACCACUCUCUCCCGGUUCCCCAUCACUGUCUUAUGCAUGGCCCCGACAGCAUAUCGCCUCAUGGUGCAGAACCUAGAGUCCAGGAAGGAACUGGGCCACUUGCGGCACUGCAUGAGUGUAGGGGAACCUCUGAACCCCGAGGUGAUGGAGAAGUGGAAAGCCAGCACUGGGCUGGAGAUUCACGAUGUCUACGGCCAAACAGAAACGGGAGUGGUUUGUGCUGUAACCAAAGAAAUGAAAAUCAAGCCUGGCUCAAUGGGGAAACCUUACGCAGCUUACGAUGUUCAGGUUAUAGAUGAGAAUGCCAACAUCCUCCCUCCUGGCGUGGAAGGAGACAUUGGCAUCAGGAUCAAACCCACCAGGCCAAGUAGCCUCUUCACUGGUUAUGUGGACAAUCCAGAGAAGACAGCAGCCAGUGAACGGGGGAAUUUUUACAUCUGCGGGGACCGAGGAGUUAAGGAUGAAGAUGGUUAUUUCUGGUUCCUCGGAAGAAAUGAUGACAUCAUCAAUUCCUCAGGGUACCGGAUCGGCCCCUUCGAGGUGGAGAGUGCCCUGAUUGAGCACCCAGCUGUUGUUGAGUCAGCCGUGGUCAGCAGCCCAGACCCCAUCAGAGGAGAGGUAGUGAAAGCAUUCGUGGUGCUGAAGGACAACUUCGCCUCCCACGACCGGGAACAGCUCACCCAGGAGCUGCAGCAGCACGUGCAGACCGUGACCGCCCCUUACAAGUAUCCCAGGAAGGUGGAAUUUGUCAAAGAGCUGCCCAAGACCAAUACUGGCAAAAUCAGAAGGAAUAAACUGAGGGACCGGGAGUGGGGCCGGGCCUAAGCAUAAUCCUGCCCAUCCGGGGAUGUGUGGCCAAGUCAGUUCAACACAAACGUCAAGAUGCUCAUCCUCUAGACAAGUAGGCACUUCUGUCAAUGCUGCUUGAUUAAUGACAGAUGAAGUGCAACAAAAUUCACAUUGUGAAGCAGCUUGACCUAAUGGAUAGAGCACAGAUCUGGGAGUCAGAAGGACCUGGAUUCUAAACCUGGC